UGUUCCAGAGCUCCAGCCCAGCCGCCAGCCGGCCGGUCAGUCAGUCGCUCGCUGGUCGGUUGUCUGUGAAUGGGUUCGGCUUGACGGCAGUAGGGACGAGACAGCACGGGACAACAGUCAAAUAUUGCCAACGCUCCCACAUCGACUCAUCUGUGGAACAGACGAAAACGUCCCUCCGUCACCUGGCUUAUAAACUAUUCCCCCAUCGUUAAGUUAUUAUUACAACGACCAGAAGUUCUACUAGCGACUCAAUUUAUCUCUCGUCAACGCGUAGCGUUUAGUUUAACCCGAGUGUGUGAUUGCACCGUACUUGUUCCCGACCUUCCGCGAUGUUGACCUCGAGGUACGAGCUGCUGCCCGAGAUGGCCUGCUUGUCGUCUGACGCGGUGUCGGAGGUGUCGACGCGGGGCUCCAGCAUGUACAGUGACUCCCGCGAGGACCUGCGGGAUUUGGCCACCUCGCUCGGCCUCCAGGACGUGGACCAACUGUGCCAGGACAGGUUCCGCGUGGACCGCCGCAAGCUGGAGCACAUGCUGUUGGGUGACACCCCGACCAAGGAGACCGCUGCGGAGUUUUUCCAGCGGGUCAUGGACGAAACCAAUACACUCAUCAUUUGGCCAGCUCGAUUGAAGAUUGGAUCGAAAUCAAAAAAUGACCCUCAUGUUAGGAUCGCUGGUCGACCCGAAGAUGUGAAGGAGGCCAAAGCCAAAGUGAUGGGUGCUCUGGAUGUUAGGAGCAAUCGAGUGACAAUGAAACUUAAUGUGAGCUAUACUGACCAUUCCCACAUCAUUGGAAGAGGUGGUUUGACUAUCAAGCGAGUGAUGGAGGAUACUGGGUGCCAUAUUCAUUUUCCUGACUCCAACCGAAGCAACCCUAUGGAGAAAAGUAACCAGGUUUCAAUCGCAGGAGACUUGGAUGGAGUAGAGAGAGCCCGUGCUCGCGUGAGAGAAUUGACACCUUUGAUGUUUAGUUUUGAGCUGCCUAUUGUUGGAACACUUCAACCACAUCCUGAUCUAGAGUCACCUUUUUUGCUCUCUGUACAAGAGAAAUUCAAUGUUCAAGUUAUGUUCCGUACUCGCCCCAAAUUGCAUGCUACUUUGGUGGUAGUCAAAGGUUGCGAAUGGGAGGUUUCCCAAGUUAAAGAGGCUACUUUACUUCUCAUCAACCAUAUGUGUGACUCUCUUGCUAAUCAGGUGCAGGUGCAAAUGUCAAUGGAAAUCUCACCUCAGCAUCACCCUACUGUUGUUGGAAAAAAUAAUGCUAACCUGAAAAUGAUUAUGCAUCGCACAGCUACUCAAAUUAUGUUUCCCGACGCAUGUGAUCCCAAUAUUCCAUCAAUUAAGAAGAGUAAUGUGCUUAUUACUGGAGUGAUCCACAAUGUGUACUUGGCACGUCAACAACUGCUUGGCUCAUUACCUCUUGUUUUGAUGUUUGAUGUUCCUGACGAAUCUGUAUCGAUUCAAAAUGAACAAGUGACUCAGCUUAUGCAAACCCAUGAUGUACUCAUUACAAUUCGUCACAAACCAAAGCAGAACAGCAUGUCAAUAAUUGUGAAAGGAAUCGAGCGUAAUGCAAGUAAAAUUUAUGAGGCAAGGACACAACUUCUUAACUUAAAAGAAGCGAAUGUUAAGGCUGAGAUCCCUCAAUCUUAUCAAUUGAUGGAUAGUCCAACCUUGUAUGACCGCAAUUCAAAUCUUGUCAAAGGAGUUACUAGUCCAUUUAGUAUGCUGUCUAUCAAUACCGGGAACAGCAUGUUCACCAUGCCAUCACCAACUUCUCUUUCUCCUGGCAUUUCACCUAGUCUGAUGUCACCAAGCCCUAGUGUGUCUUCUUUGGCAUCUCUUGGGUUACCGUGGAGCAAUGUGGGUCUCCUUCAGUCAGCACAUGAGCACUCGAACCAAAACAUGUCUCAGCACCCCUUUGCUCAGCUGCUGAACUCCCCUAUGUCACCAGGACAACAGUAUCAUCAGCACAGUCCAUACCACCAACAACAACUUCUACUUCAGCAGCUUUUGCCCAGGAUGCAAGCUCAUGGUCUUUCGCAGUCCCAAGUUCCCUCAAGUGGACCUCUUUCUGAUGGUGGAUGCAGUGGCAGCUGUUCAUCUCUGGGCUAUCAUAGUCGACCCAGUAGCCAUUUAUCGGGAAGUUCACAAUCUCUUGACUGUAGAGACUAUCAAGUUCAUUCAUCCAUGAGCAGCCAUAGCCAUGGUGGAAGUUCUCUUGGAAGUCCCAGUGCCAGUCCUCGUAUGUCAUCCCCGCGUCCGAAUUUGAAUGAUUCUAAAGAGCAUUCUGAGAUCAGCCAUAAGAAUGCUGAACAACAAAGGGCUUUGAGCUCUGCCAUUGAAUACCAACGCAAGAAAGCGCUUGCUGCAAAAGCCAUGCAAAUGAAACCUACGCCUGAAAUUCUGCGCGUUCCUUCUUCUAUAUGGGCAGGCUAUGGAUUUAGCCAUUCUAGUCCUAGUGCUGCGUUGAAGGAACAAUUCAAGCGUGAAGGCUUGAUCUCUGAGACUGAAGAAGCGGAUUGUUGGAAGAAUUCUGUUUCUGAAGGCCUUGGAUCCCCAUCUAGCUCUACCUUCCCUUCUGUAGCGGAUCUGGGUGUGGCACUGACACCUGGGUCUGGCAACAAGGGCAGAGACAGUCCCUUUAGCUCAAGUAGUUAUCUUGACUCCAUACCUUCUUCAUCUCGAGCAUCUGUCUCUUCAAUGAAAGCUACCGAUCUGACUUCACUACUUAUUUCCAUUGGAAUGGAAAAAUAUAUCAAUGUCUUCAAGGAGCAUGAAAUUGACCUUAAUGUUUUCAUGACACUCACUGACAAGGACCUGAGGGACAUAGGAGUGUCUACCUUUGGAGCUCGACGCACUAUGCUUAUGUCAAUUUCCCAGCACAAAGGACAAAGCAGCCCAUUCCGCUGCAGUGCAGCUCCAGGUGCAGAACGAAAAGGCUCCUCAUCUACAACUGGAACCAACAGCCCUUCCGACAUAUGGUAGAAUAAUCCAUGCACCAUUCGGCCAACCGUACUAACUUUUAUGCUGGUUCUUCUAAUAGGGUACCUUUUCCAAUGACCUAUAAAAUUUUCAAAUUAUUUAUCUUGGAUUGUGAAGAGGGUAAUCAAUCCAAGUGUCAUGUUAUAUUGUAUGAUGAAGUUAAAUGCAUUUCUAUUGUUUUUCUGACCAAAGUCAAAGUUGAAAAUGCCUGUUUUGCCAGUUGCAAAUUGUUAACUUUGUGACCAUCCUGUAACUGUUGGCCUAAAUAAUGACUUAGGAAACACUUGGUGGAUGGGUUUUGAUUCUGGAAUUAACAUUAGAACUGAGUUAGAAUUUCUAGCAUUGUGGUACUUACUGGUGGAAGUGGAACUUUUAAAACUUAAAUUUUAUAGGAAAUAGCCAAAAACAUUUUAUGAAAAUGAGAAUACAACUAUAAGCAUUUUUAAAUUCUUUGUAAAGUAGUUUUUGGAUUGAUUCAAUUUUUGUGAUUUAUUCUAGCAGUAUGAUGGCUAAAGUUACCCUGAAUAAGAAAAUAAGCUAUGUUUUUGUAGUGAUUGCUCUUUGUUUGAUUGUGAGAUGUGAUGCUGCAACGAUUCUCUCUUGAUGGUCAAUUUUACUGGUCUCUGCUAUGUAGUCAGAUUCCACAACUUUGUUUUGUGCUGACUAGGCAUUGUAGACGUUGCAGUAUUUCAGUACGGUGUCUAGUUUGUCAUUGUAUCAGUUGAGUAUUUUAAUAAUUCUUUGAGCUUGAAAUCCUGCUCAGACUGAGGCAUUAAUAACCUGGUGCACCACUUUUGCUGUGUCAUGGAUAAACAAAGUAACGUAGGGUUUUAUGAGAGAACAAGACCUUGCCCACUUGCCAAUAUGGCUUUCUAGUCGUACUUUCUUACAAUGCAAGUGCCAAAGUGAUUUAACGUUUGUGAAUUAUAUUUAUAUUUGAUAUUUGUGUUAUGAUUUUGUUAUUGUUUCUUUAAUGCAUGCUUAUAUGAAAUUGUAAAAUGUCUGCUUUGUACUGGUAUUCUCUUACCUUUAAUGAGAGUAUUUGUCAAACAGAGAUUUUUAAGCAUGCUUCUGAUUUGUUUGCCUAUUCCCCCUUCUUUUGUUUUGUUUUUUGGUGCAUUGCAUACACAUGCUCCCUUAGUGCUGUUUUGUUUGGGGAAGGUAUUUGUAUUGAGAUUGACUGACAGACCCUGCAAAAUUUGUACGGUCUGGUUUAGUAUGAGAUGGGUUUUUGUACCAACUGUUUUAUCAUAACAUCACCAUGCUGGUUAAUGGUAGAUUAGGUAGUAUUGCUUGCUUAAUUUAUUCAAAGUAACUGAUCUGAUUGAUGAGCUGUGUGAGGAAGAUGCUUUCCCUAACAUAAUAUUCAAGUUGAUGGUGGAGGAACCUCUUUGAAUUUCUAUACUUUGUAACAUUUUUGUAAUUUUAUCACUAUUUUUGGAUAAUUUUAACAGUAGUUUUUAAUGUCUUCCAUGUGCUAGAGGCUCAGGAUUGUAAUAUGAUUUGACCGAUGACAAGACAGGAAGAGUUGAUCUAAGUUAUUAUUCAUGUUGAUUGCCACAGAGUACUUCCUCGUAUUGAAUGAAAUGGUGAAGUGAGGAAAAUUCUUUAUGAUGAUUUCAGUUGUGGUCGUUGUAUUUAUCGUACUUUGUUUGAAGACUUUGUAAGGUGUUUGGCUUAGUGUUAAGGAGAGCAGAAUAUUUGACUAGCGUCUUGUGCCAUUUAGGUUACAUCUGGAGGAUGUAUAUAUUUGUACCUGUACAUUCCUUGCAACUGUUCUGUGAUAGCUUGCUGCUGGUCUUGUAAUGCUGCUUGACAUUGUCAAGCUUUUCUUUAAGGUUUGAACUGUACAACUUUGUAUGUAGUUAAUUUACUUAGAUAAUAAAUGUUUUCUUCACUCAA